AGCAGCUCGCGCUCUUUGUUCCUGCGGGGAAUAUCAAUAAAGACAGGAUUUUAUUUUGGAGGAGCAGCCCGCAGCGCACGUGCCGAGCUGGAGGUUUCUCUGCAGGUGAAUCCGGCAGAAUAUAAUUUUAUUCUCAGGGUUCAGUGAUCAGGAGGCCCGCGGGUUUACCGCAACAGGUCGGCGGAUAAAGCCCCGGCCUCAGAGCGAGGAAGAGGAGGAGGAAGAGGAGGAGGAGGUGAUGAGGAUGAUGAUGAUGAGGAUGAUGGUCUGUGGUUUGGACUGAAGCCGAGCGGAUCUGCAGUUUGGAUGUGAGGCAGCAGAGAAGUGCCAACAUGAUGCCGAUGUUUCUCACCGUUUUCCUCAGCAACAACGACCAGCACUUCAGCGAGGUGCCGCUCACGCCCGACACGCUGUGCAGGGACGUGGUGGAGCUCUGCAAGGAGCCCGGGGAGGGCGACUGCUACCUGGCUGAGAUGUGGAGGGGCUCCGAGCGCGUCGUCGGGGAGGGCGAGCGGAUCAUGGAGGUGCUGCAGCGAUGGGGCCAGCAGAGAGGAGAGGUUCGCUUCCUCCUGCGGCACCAGAGAGCUCCGGGACGCGAGUCAGGUGAACCCAGAGCUGCAGAUCAGGUGAUGAAGAGGAACCAGGUGAAGGCGUCAGCGGACAGAUGCAUGGAGAACGGAGUUUCAGCUCCUCGUCUGGACGUGACGCUGACUGAGCUGCAGGACCUGGCAACCCGGCAGCAGCAGCAGAUCAACGCCCAGCAGCAGCUGCUGGCCUCCAAGGAGCAGCAGCUGCGGUACCUGAAGCUGCAGGAGCGGCAGCAGCAGCAGACGGCGGUGGCGGCGGCGGCGGCGGUGGCGUCGGAGCAGGAGAGACUGCGGCAGCUCCGAGAAAACGCCCAGAACCAGGAGGCCAAACUGCGGCGGGUUCGGGCCCUCAGGGGCCAAGUGGAGCAGAAACGCCUCAGCAACAGCAAGCUGGUGGAGGAGAUCGAGCAGAUGACCGGCCUCUUCCAGCAGAAGCAGAGGGAGCUGCUGGCCGCCGUGGCGAGAGUGGAGGAGCUGAGCAACCAGCUGGAGGCGCUGAGGAGCAGCAGGCUGGAGCCUCCUCUUCCUCCUCCUCCUCUUCAUCACCACCACAACACCUCCUCCUCCUCCUCCUCCUCCUCCUCGGCCGCUGAGCUGGAGCGACUCUACAAGGAGCUGCAGCUGAGGAACAAGCUGAACCAGGAGCAGAGCGCCCGGCUGCAGCAGCAGAGGGACAGCCUGAGCAAGAGGAACCUGGAGGUGGCCGCCAUGGACCGGCGGCUGGCCGAGCUGCGGCAGCGGCUGUGGAAGAAGAAGGCGGCGCUGCAGCAGAAGGAGAACGUGCCGGUGGCGCCGGACGGCCAGGCCGCCCCGCACGGUGGCAGCUCCAGAGUGGCGGCGGUGGGGCCGUACAUCCAGUCCCCCUCCCCGGGCUCCCAGGGGCCGCCGCUGCCGGCCCGCCAGGACGCACCGGUGAAGCCGGCGUACCCCGACGGCACCGCCACCCUGCCCCCACCCGACUCCGCCCUGAAGCCCCCGCCCAGACCGGCCAAGCCAGCCUCAGGUUUCCAGAUUUCCAAAACUACCAAGCUGUGUGACUGGAGCAGCUCGGGGGUGGAGUCCGGCGGCGGCUACAGUCACGCCUCCACGCUGCCACGCAUGUCCAGCCUCAGCCGCCACGACUCCGACGGCGACGCCCUGCUGGACCACAAGGGGCUCUCUGGGUCCGACGUCCCGCCUCCCGUCCCGUCACGGACCAAUCACAUCGCUGACAACCUGCUCAGGGACAGCCAGGCUUCAGGUAAAGGUGCGCUCAAGUCGCCCGUCCCGCCUCCGGUUCCCAGUAAACCCAAACCUGUGUCCCAGUCCGCCGCCCCGCCCCUCUCCAAGCCGCCCUACAGCACCGGGACCUUCCCCGGCAAGGCCCGCCCGGCCGGCGGCCACCCCAGGGCCCCGCCGGCCCCCCAGGGCCACAGCCACACCCUGCCCCUGCCCGCCAAGCAGGACAACCCCCCGGCCGCCGCCGUGCGACCUUUCACCCCCGACCCCUCGGAGGCUCCGCCCCCCGUGCUGCAGAAGCCCCAGACGCUGGCAGCCUCGUCCAUCUACUCCAUGUACACCCAGCAGGGGGCGCCAGCCAAGGCCUACCAGAUGAGCGGGCAGGGCACCCUGACCCGGGGCCACACCCGGGUUUACGGGAAGCCCGUCUUCUCGGCCGGCGGGGGGCCGCAGCCCGUCGGCUCGGACAACGCCGCCGUGCAUUGUGGGUCGUCGGCGUGCGACGGGAGCGAGGCGGACGGCGGUUGCCCGCCUAACGGCGAGGGAGCCACGCCGGAGUCGGCGGAGCGCGCCGCCCCCCGGCCGCUCAGCCCCACCAAGCUCCUCCCCUUCCUGUCCCACCCCCACCGCACCCCCAGCGACGUGGACCUGGAGGCGCUGCGGCGGCGGCUGCACCACGCGCCGCGGCCCCUGAAGAAGCGCAGCUCCAUCACGGAGCCCGAGGGCCCGGCGGGUCCCAACAUCCAGAAGCUGCUGUACCAGAAGACCACGCUGGCUGCCAUGGAGACCAUCCCCAUGGAAACCGCGGCCACGGCGGCGACGCAAGCUCAGCCCGAGGCGACGGAGAACGGGAGCGGCGGCGCGGAGCGUCGCUCGGCCUCUGGAAACGGCGGCCCCGGCGUCGGCCUCAGCUUCGGCCGGCCCCUCGCCGACAGCCCCGAUGACGACCUGACUCCGCCCCCUGUGCCGCCCCGCUCGCCCAUCUCUGACCCCGCCUCCUGCCACGCCCUGCCGCCCCCUCUGGAGGAGGAGGAUGGCGAGGCGUGCCCCUCCUCCUCACGCCCUCAGGAGCCCUUUUUGGACGAGUACCCCCCCUACCCGCCGCCCCCCUACCCCAGCUCCGUGGAGGCGGAGCAGCCGGAUGACAUCAUCAGCCUGCAGCCGCCGGAGGUCACCGGGCAGGUCGCCCUGCCGCCGGGAAAGAGGACGAACCUCCGUAAGGCCGGCUCGGAGCGGAUCGACCACGGCAUGCGGGUCAAGUUCAACCCCCUGGCGCUGCUGCUGGACUCGUCUCUGGAGGGCGAGUACGACCUGGUGCAGAGGGUCAUCUACGACGUGGAGGAUCCCAGCAUGCCGAACGACGAGGGCAUCACGGCGCUGCACAACGCCGUCUGCGCCGGCCACACCGAGAUCGUCAAGUUCCUGGUUCAGUUUGGCGUCAACGUCAACGCCGCCGACAGCGACGGCUGGACGCCCCUGCAUUGCGCCGCCUCCUGUAACAACGUCCAGGUGUGUAAGUUCCUGGUGGAGUCGGGGGCAGCGGUGUUCGCCACCACCUACAGCGACAUGCAGACGGCCGCCGACAAGUGUGAGGAGAUGGAGGACGGCUACGCCCAGUGCUCCCAGUUCCUCUACGGUGUUCAGGAGAAGAUGGGCGUGAUGAACCGCGGCGUGGUGUACGCGCUGUGGGACUACGAGGCGCAGGGCGAUGACGAGCUGGCCUUCAGCGAGGGCGACUGCAUGACGGUCCUGAGGCGGGAGGACGAGGUGGAGACGGAGUGGUGGUGGGCGCGCUGCGGCGACCGCGAGGGCUACAUCCCCCGCAACCUGCUGGGGCUUUACCUGAGGAUCAAGCCGCGGCAGAGGAGUUUGGCCUGACCAGCGGCGUCCCGCCUGCCGGCCCUCGCCGAGCGCCCGGGCGGACCAACCACCUGAUCAGGAAAUGUUGUUAAAAAAGAGAGAGAGAGAGGCGUAUUUUCCUCGCGGUUUGAGGCGUCCUGGUGGUUUUUCAGCCAGACGACACGGCAGAGCGUCGGCCUGAUUCAGCCUGGAAACACCACGACGCCGCCUCAAGGCUCGAGCCACAAACCUGCUGUUCUCAAGCACAGACGAUCUCCAAUCUCCUGGAUUACACAAGCAGGACCUGGACGUGACAUCAAGGCUUUAGUUUCAUGUGUCUGUGUUCGUUUUACAAACAGAUGAUUCGUUUUGGAGUGAAACUUGAAUUAAUCCUCUGCACCACACGAAGACUCAACCUGUCUUCACAUCAAGCAGCACAAUCAGACCGAGUCCCUUCACUUCCUGCAGAGCUGAGUCAGAAAUCAGAAAUCUGAUGUAAUGUUGACUACAAGCCCUAACCCAGAUCUGGAAAUUCGGGUUCCAGCACUUUUUCUCUGAGGGGAAGAUCCUUGUUUUCUUGUCCCUGUCGCAGUCUGGGAUUUGA